UCAGCUGACGAAUGGUAUCUCCCUCCUCUCCCGGAUGGAUCGCGCCGCUGAAGCCGGCCAACCCAAGCGUCAUACUGGCUGACACCGGAGCAGGUUGCCCACCUCUCGCUCUCCUCCUGCUGGAUGUCACACGGACCGAGCCUCAAGAAGCCGCCAGCUUCCCUCUCACCAUGGCUUCUAACUUCAACGAUAUAGUCAAGCAGGGAUACGUGAGGAUACGGAGUAAGAAACUGGGGAUCUUCCGGAGGUGUUGGCUGGUGUUCAAGAAAGCCUCGAGUAAAGGACCCCGGCGGUUAGAGAAGUACCCAGAUGAGAAGGCAGCCUACUUCAGGAGCUUCCACAAGAUCACUGAGCUCCAUAACAUCAAGAACAUUACCCGGAUGCCACGGGAGACAAAAAAGCAUGCUGUGGCGAUCAUCUUCUGUGACGACACGUCCAAGACAUUCGCCUGCGAAUCAGAGCUGGAUGCAGAGGAAUGGUGUAAGCUGCUGUGCAUGGAGUGCCUGGGCAGCCGUCUCAAUGACAUCAGCCUGGGAGAGCCAGACCUGUUAGCAGCGGGGGUGCAGCGGGAGCAGAACGAACGCUUCAACGUGUACCUAAUGCCCACCCCCAACCUGGACAUCUACGGGGAGUGCACCAUGCAGAUCACUCAUGAAAACAUCUAUCUGUGGGACAUUCACAACGCUCGCCUCAAACUCGUCAUGUGGCCCCUCAGCUCCUUGCGCAGAUACGGCAGAGACUCCACCUGGUUCACUUUCGAGUCCGGAAGGAUGUGUGACACAGGAGAGGGUUUGUUCACGUUCCAGACGCGGGAGGGGGAGAUGAUCUACCAGCGGGUCCACUCGGCCACGCUGGCCAUUGCCCAGCAGCAUGAGAGGAUGAUGGAGGAGAUGGAGAAGAGCUCCCAGAGCCACUCCAGAGAGACGCUAACUAAGUCCAUCUCCCUGCCACGCAGCGCCUACUGGCAGCACAUCACGCGUCAGACCAGCGUGGGGGAUCUGUACAGCUACCAAGGGAGUGGUGGAAAGGAAAGACUAGCAGACAGAGGAACGGGCCUGAUGAUGACUUUCAUCCCGAGAGCACAGACCUUCCCCAGCUUUCUGUCUGAUGAGCCUGAACAGGAGGAGAGCCAGCACCAGCGAGAGGCGCCGUCGCCCUCUAGUGGCUGUGAAUCUAGUUGCAGCCUGAGACCCCUUCAAUGACAGAGAAUUGCUCCAUCGACACUGGACUGAACACUUUACCCACUGCUUUAGAGAGGAUGUAGAAAUAUGUAUAGCGACAUGUGUAAUAUAUCAUUUUAUGGUGAUAACUUACAGACAGUAGUGUCAACUGUAGAGCGAUCGGUAUGCGAAAAAAUGAUCUCGAGGAGGAUUGUACCUAUUUUUUUGUGCGACGUGCGACAGCCGAAGUAGCUUCAAAGAUUGUACCAAAAGGAAGAAAAAAAUCCUUUAACUGUCGUUUUUAAGUGUUUUAUGUUGUCAUUAUCCUUUUAAAGCCAGCAUGAUUCUUCCCAUCCCUGUUUUAAAGCACUACAUCAUACCUUACAAAACCUAAAAGCUACUAACACACCACAGCCCGCUGUAAACCAGUGUCAACUUUUAUUACAAAACUCCUGAAAUGCCAUCAGGCUCGCUCCAUUGAUGUGCAGCCUCAGCAACCAAUUCAUGAGAAAUUCCACCAGUUUUGACUCAAAAUACUCCCACACUCGCUGCUUUGACCUUUUUUUUUUCUUCUCAAGAAUGUGAAACUGAUCAAUGCCUUACACGAAAGACGCUCGAUGCUGACGCCAGUAAUGGAUCAGCUAAAGUCCUGAAUGAAUACAACUGGCAAAGGGAAAUAGUCAUUCAGAUAUGUGCUUGAAGGAUGUAGUAAUGGACCGUCAUGUCAGAAAUGAUCCAAUGUAACCUUCGCACAGCAUCUGCUUUAAAACUGCCAACCUUACCUUUUCACCAGAGCAAUUCGAUUUUAAUAGCCACCAAGCACGUCGUCGUCCGGUUCCUCUGAGGACUGGUUCAUUUGCAAAAAGGUGUAAAGAGAGCGACCUGAGGGAGUAAGCUACGCAGAGCAGAGGUGAUAUUGGCAUUUUGGGUCCAGGAUGUGCUCUGUGGCAAUUAAACAUCAUAACUACUUUUCAUUCAACUUAAUAACACAGUUUAAUUUUGGGGAAAAUAGAUUAAAAUCAGUGCAUUUCUUUGAGAACAUAUACUUUGUUAUAAAGUUACUCUACUGUCUGGCACUCCCAUUUCACAAGCUCAGAAAUCAAUCUUCCAACUUCAGUAUAUUUGUCCAAAGCUUAUAAAAGUCUGUUUGAAGUUGAGACAACGUGAUACCAACAUUUUUAACCAAAACAAAGUUAGCUAAAAUAAUGAUAAAAACUAGACUUUUGAAAAGAAUUAAAAGUAGCUGAAAUGGUUUUGUGAACUCAUAGUUUUACUAUUUGUUAGUUCAGUAAAAGCUUUGAUGGAUAUGUUUAUUGAGACUUUGAAUGGCUACAUGAUGGUGAACAGCUGCCUUCAAAAAAUGGGGUUUUGUUAUACGUAUGUCGAUUUUUCUUAAAUCUUGCCUUUCACAUAUUCCCGACACACACUGGUAAUUAAAAAGACUAGAGGUCCAACCGAAACAAAUGUACCCUAAACUACAGUGAAACAUUCUCCGACAAUAAAAACUGAACUGAAACAAGCAAACCCACUCUUAGCUCUAUGAAGGAAACUGAUUUUGUGCAUCAGCACAUUAUUUCUUUUUUCAUGGGUUUUUUUUUUGGUACAGAGGAAAUGAAACAAUGUAACAAGUUUGAAACAGUCAGGCUAAUGUUUUUUUUCCCAGGCUUUGUGAUUGGCUGAUGGCUUUGGAAACAGAUCUACUCUUUUAAAGAAGACAAAAACAAAAAAAACGCCCACACAGUUUCAAACCCAGCAGCCUAACAACUACCCCUGCUAGUUCCCUGCAGCCCCCUUUUUCCAUCCGGAAACACUGCUGUGAUUAUGGUUUCUGCAUCAUCCUCCUUGAGUAAGAAGUGCCUUCCGACACACAGACCGUGGAUUGUGAGAUCUAACCAAAGCAACGUCUUUGGGUUUUGAGUUUACCAUCGCUGACCGGAAAGUUUACUUGGAAUCUUCAGAACCGCUUUGCCACAUUUCCUUUUUUCCCGGCUGUGAAAUGCCAUGUAACAGCAUCAAUACCGAGUAUAACCUGUUAGCCGUGGGUGGCAAUCACUAGACCCGAAUUCAUCUCUAAAUAUUUGUGGUGGUGUUUUUCAUGCAUCAAAAUUAUGACUUUUUUUUUCUUGUUCAUUCUCCAAUACUGAAAUUACAGCAUUUUGUGGGUUAAUCACAAAAGUUUCCAAUGACAAUCAGUUUUAGGCAACAUGGGAGUCUCUCAGUGUCAAAUGUAAUCAUUUUUAAAGGUGGGUUGUGUUUUUGUUGUUUGUUUUUUGGCACUGAUGCUCUUUUGUCUUGGUUUUACAUUUGAACAGUUUCUAAAGUACAAGCGCUUAUUUUGUGUUUCGCUGUCGUCACUUUAUUUUGUGCACAAUAUUAUAUUAAAAAAAGAAAAACCGCAAUCAUGUAAUUAAUUUUAUUAAUUUAAGCCACAGAUGAUUGUUAGCCUGCAUCACAGAGUCCACUGAUACAGUUGCUGGCCACAUUUAACUAAGCUGUUGUAUAACUGAGUUGAGUCUUAGCUCCAGUAUAGUAGUUCCAUUGCACUGGCAGCUGUACUGAGAGGACUGGAGAAACUUCUAGUUGAUUGUGUUUGUCAUUUGCCGUUUUAUUUUCGUUCACUGUAGCUAUUCACUUGUUUGUAGAAGUGUCAUGAAAAGUUGUUAUCAUUACUAUAUGAUUGUGUUUGUGUCUGCCAUGUUUUGUUCUCAUAGAUUAUAAUAGCACUUUUAAUACAUGAGUGUAGGCCUACAGUUUUCACUAAAUGUACAUAUGUAAUGUUUUUGAUGAUUAAAAAAAAAAAGGUAAUAAAUUCAA